AUGGCGCCGACGGCCGAGACCAAGAUGGAGCUCAUCACGCCCGAGGUAGACGGCCGCGUGGAGGAGACGAGCAUGGACGCGAGCCUCGAGCUGACGGUCGAUGCCAAGCUCAAGCAGGUCGAGGACGAGCUCGCCAGCGCGCGCGAGGCGGAGGACGACGCGACGGCGCCCGCGGAUGGCCUCGACGGGCUCUCGUACAGCAAGCGCGUCCAGAAGCUCGACUCGCUCCUCGAGAAGGCCGGUGCGUACUCCAAGUUCCUCCUCGCCAACAUGGACGCGCCGCUGCCCGAGACGACGCCCAAGAAGGACUCGAAGAAGCGGCGCAAGACUGAAAAGCAAGGCGCGACCAAGCUCCAGAAGAUCAACGAAGCGUCGGCUGCGCACACCGUCGCCGAGAUGAACUUUAAGCAGCCGAGCUUGCUCACGGGCGGAACGCUGCGCUCGUACCAGCUCGAGGGCAUCCAGUGGAUGUGCAACCUCUUUGAGAACGGGCUCAACGGCAUCCUCGCCGACGAGAUGGGUCUCGGCAAGACGGUCCAAGUCAUUGGCAUGGUCGCGCAGCUCAAGGCCAAAGGCGUGACCGGGCCGUUUUUGGUGGUCUCGCCGCUCUCGACGCUCGCCAACUGGGAAAACGAGUUCAAGCGCUUCACGCCGUCGAUCCCGUGCUUGGUGUACCACGGCAACGGCGCCGAGCGCCUCGAAAUGCGCAAGAAGGUGCUUGGUGGCCGUGGGAAGCAAGCGAAUUCUGACUUUCCAGUCAUCAUCACGUCGUACGAAGUCAUCAUCCGUGACGCUAGCGCGUUCACGGCCCUUGGGUACGUCUGGAAGUACAUCAUCAUUGACGAAGGCCACCGCCUCAAGAACAUGAACUGCCUGCUCAUGCGCGAACUCAAGAAAUGCAAGUCGGAGAACCGUCUCUUGCUCUCGGGGACGCCGCUGCAGAACAACUUGAGCGAGCUCUGGAGCCUCCUCAACUUUCUCCUGCCCGACGUCUUUGACGACCUCGCGCUCUUUGAGAGCUGGUUCUCGUCCGGCGACGCGACCGGCACCAACGACAUUAUCUCCAAGAAGGACGUGCUCAACAACCACAAAAAAUCCCAAGUGGUCUCCAAGCUGCACGAAAUCCUCCGGCCGUUCGUGCUGCGCCGCCUCAAGCACGACGUGGUCGCGGACGUGCCGUCCAAGACGGAGCUCGUCGUCUACUGCGCAAUGACGGAGCUCCAAGAACACUACUACCGGCUCAUUGCAGACCGCAAGCUCCAAGGCGAGCUCGAAAAAAGCGUGCGCGCAGGCUCGGCCAAGAACCUCGCCAUGCAGCUGCGCAAGUGCUGCAACCAUCCGUUUUUGUUCGACGAAGAGACGGACGCGAAUGGCGAGCUUGUGACCGACGAGUCGCUCGUCGAGACGUCCGGCAAGAUGAUGGUGCUCGACAAGAUGCUGCACCGUCUUCUCGACGCCAAGCACAAGGUGCUCAUCUUUAGCCAAAUGACCAAGGUCCUCGACAUCCUCGAAGACUUUAUGACGCUGCGGUCGUACGAGUACUGCCGCCUCGACGGCCAGACGCACUUUCGCGACCGCCAGAGCGCAAUGGACGCGUUCAACGAUCCCAACGGCGGCCUGCAGAUCUUCCUGCUCUCGACGCGCGCCGGUGGCCUCGGUAUCAACUUGACGGGCGCCGACACGGUCAUCCUCUACGACUCGGACUGGAACCCGCACCAAGACAGCCAGGCCCAGGAUCGCUGCCACCGCAUUGGGCAGACCAAGGACGUGGCCGUCUACCGCCUCAUUGUCGAGAAUUCGUUCGAGAACCGGAUGCUGGAGCGCGCGAACGCCAAGCGCACGCUGGAGCGCGUCGUCUUGAGCCGCGGCGAGUUUUCGUCGCAGAAGAAGAACACGUCCAAGGAGACGCAUCUCUCGCUUGACGAACUCGAGGCGCUGCUCAAGGACGACAUUGCGAUCCGCAAGGAAGCGACGGGCGGCAUCACGGACGCCGAGCUCGAUUUGAUCUGCAACCGCGACGUCGUGGUCGACGCGUUCAUCAAACGAACCAAAUCAGACGUGGCAUCGUCCAGUACCGGGUACUAUGUCGUCGAGAACGCCAACGUUGCGAGUAUGGAAAGCUUUACAUGA